AUGGUACUGUUUGGAUCAAUAAUGAAGACAUUGAAAUCUCUAAUAGGACCAAAGUAUAAUGGGAAAUAUCUUCACCAAGUCAUAGAGGAGAAAUUAGGGGAGACUCCGUUGCAUGAGACAUUAACUAAUGUGGUUAUUCCAACUUUUGAUAUCAAGAAUUUACACCCAAUUAUUUUCUCCACUUUUGAGGCUAGAGAAAAAUCAUUAAUGGAUGCUAGGCUUUCAGAUAUAUGCAUUAGUACAUCCGCUGCACCAACAUAUCUUCCUGCACAUUAUUUCCGGACUCAAGAUAAAGAUGGCAACUUUCAUGAGUUCAAUCUUGUUGACGGUGGUGUUGCAGCUAACAAUCCAGCUCUUGUUGCUACUAGCCAAGUGACCAAACAAAUAAUGACAGGAAAUCCAGAUUUUUUCCCAAUCAAACCCAUUGAUUAUGGAAGGUUUUUGGUGAUUUCUAUAGGCACUGGAUCAGCAAAAGUGGAACAAAAAUAUAAUGCUAAAAUUGCAUCCAAAUGGGGUAUCUUGGGAUGGCUGCAUAAUGGAGGUUCAACUCCAAUUGUGGAUGUUUUUACUCAAGCCAGUGGUGAUAUGGUUGAUUUUCAUAUUUCUAUUGCUUUCCAAGUUCUUCAUUCUGAAGAAAAUUACCUUCGUAUUCAGGAUGACACAUUAACUGGAACAGACUCAUCUGUCGACAUAGCAACCAAAGAGAACAUGGACAAAUUGGUUGAAAUAGGGACAACUUUAUUGAAGAAACCAGUUUCAAGGAUAAAUCUGCAUACAGGUUUAUUUGAGCAAUGCAAAAAUGGUGGCACAAAUGAAGAAACUUUGAAAAGGUUUUCGAAGUUGCUUUCAAAAGAAAAAAGACUCAGGGAUUCAAAGUCACCUCAUACAAAUAAAUCCUCAGAGUAG